AUGGACUUGGCAGCUCUCGCAAAUACACCGGCCCUGGCGCCGCCCGCUGGGCAAAUGCCGGAUUUCAAUGCAACAGGCUUACAAAACGCGACGAUUGCCGUUACAUCGAUAUCAAUAGCCCUUGCCUUCCUAUUUCUAAUCUGGCGUCUGUACACGACCGUCUUCAUUGUCAAGGGUUUCUACUUGGACGAUGGUCUUAUUAUAUUGGCUUUUGGUUGUUCUCUGCUGCUCUGUACUACUGUGCUCAUGGCCCUCGAUAACGGAUUCGGCAAGCAUCUGUGGGAUGUCCGAGUGACCCAGAUUCAAGGAUACCUUGACGUUUUGAGCACUUUGGCGCUGUCUUUCCUCGUCAAACUGGCCAUGUUGACCCUCUAUCACAGAAUCAACCCCUCGAAGCCAUUUCGAAUCUGCCUCUAUAUCGUGGCCGCGGCCAUGAUCAGCUACCAGAUUAUUUUCAUGGUCAUCUUCAUCGGCCCUUGCAGGACGUCCCUGGCAACCCCAAAGGCUGCCAAAUGCUUCUCUGAUGGGGCACUGGCCAAUGCGAUUCUCAACGUCAUUUCCGAUGCUGCCGUUAUCGUACUCCCUAUUCCCAUGUUGCACAGACUCCAUAUGCCGUUGAAGCAGAAGCUCGCCGUCGGAGGCAUCCUGGGUCUCGGAUCAGCAGCUGCUAUAAUCUCGAUUGCACGUGUCGCCUUGAUCGCAAGAUUCAGCAACCCGGAUAUCACCUGGGUCCAGGCUCAGGGUGGUAUUCUCUCCAUCCUGGAGGGCAACCUCGCAAUCAUAUGCAAUUGCGCGGCACGACUCAAGCCAUUCUUUGAUCGCCACUCUCCCCGAAUGUCUGCUUUUUUGGGGUCGAAGUCAGGCACGUAUAAGAAAGGUUCCGGGGGCAGCAAAGGAACCGGCAAGAAGACGGAAGGCUCACAGAGUAUCGGAGUUACCAGAGAAUAUGAUGUGCAAUACCAGCAGGGGAAUCAGGUUUGA